AUGUCUCUCGGUUUCGUUUCACAAGACGGCGAGUUUUGCGGAUUUUGCGGAACAAUUUUGUCGCUUCCGCUGAACGCUCCAGCACAAGUUGAAUGUAAAGUUUGCUCGACGAAAUGGCUCAUCAAAGGUUAGGGAAUAUUUCCAGUAUUGCGCUAAAUUAUAUUUGGACUAAAUGACAUUUUCAGGUUUUUUAAGCAAUUGAGUUGAAAUAUUGGGUUCUAAUGUUAUUCAUAUGAUAGAAUGGUCUAAGACGAACAGAAUGAUAUAAAUUUUGAUGACUUUACCUUAUCCAUAAGUGAUUUAGCGAGCUUAACGACUAAACGUCGCUAAAUCACUUAUGGAUGAGGUAAAAUCAUCAAAAUUUAUAUCAUUCUGUUCGUCUUAGACCAUUCUAUCAUAUGAAUAACAUUAGAACCCAAUAUUUCAACUCAUUUGCUUAAAAAACCUGAAAAUGUCAUUUAGUCGAUGUCCAACACGCAACUUAGCUGAAAUUCUACGCUCUGGUCGUAUUUAUAGGAUAGACAGGCCCAGGGCGAUUCGGAUGAUAUAAUUUUUGAUGAAUUUACGUUAACCCUAAGAUGAUAUUCACUAAAUCACUUAGGGUUAACGCAAAAUCAUCAAAAAUUAUAUCAUCCGAAUUGCCCUGAACCUGUAUAUCCUAUAAAUACGACCAGAGCGUAGGAUUUCAGCUAACUUGCGCAAGAAAAGUUGCUAAGGCUCUUUACAAGGGAGGUGCAUAAGGUUGGGUGUUGAACUUUUGGUGAGACAUAUCGAAAUAUACCAAAUCGACUAUGCUGCUCACGAUCUCGAAGUCAAAAAUUGUCACGAAUGCCUGCGAGCAAUUUUCUGGAGCUCCAAAGUUGAAAUGGAGUUUUGGUUUUCGCUCAGUUUCACCAUUUUUCCGGGUGGAAAAUCAACUUGGAAAAUGGUGAAAAUGAGCAAAAACCGAAACUAAAUUCUAACUUUGGAGCCCCAGAAAAGUGCUCACAGGCAUUUGUGGCAAUUUUUGACUUCGGGAUCGUGAUCAGCAUAGUCGAUUUGGUAUAUUUCGAUAUGUUUCACCAAAAGUUCAACACCUGGCGUACGAAGCGAGUUAGGAUGUUGCUACUCAACGAAACUCAACCCCAUUGCAGAAAAGAACGAGGAACUCGUGUGCCGCGUCGAAAAAAUCUACGAGCGCACAGUGGCGGACACAGAUGGAAUGGAUACAGAAGACGCUGGAGACUCGCUUGUCGAUCACAUUUGCUCGAAGUGUGGACACGGAAAAGCAUCGUAUUCUACAAUGCAAACAAGAUCAGCUGAUGAAGGACAAACUGUGUUUUACACGUGUUUGAAGUGUAAAAAGAAGGAUAUUGAAUAUUCGUAG